AACCAAACCUCAGAUGUGAGCCAGUUUGAUCAUAGCAUCCGAGAGGCCGUUUGUGAGUGUGUGUGUGUGUGUGUGUGUGCGCGUGUGUGGAAAGCGAGGCUGGAGGGAGGAGUGGUUGAGUGCAUGACAGCGGGAGAGAUCAGAAGAGAGAUUGUUCCAGUGCUGGAGGUGAUCCUUGCGUGGACGCAACGCCUGGAUGUGCAUGGGGAAAUUCGCUUUUUUAUGACUGUUUACUCCUGUUGUGUCUUUCUGGAGCCUCUUCUGACUGACUCUCUGGAGCAAAGCGGCUCUUCUGUGCAGGAAUGAGAAAGCUCAGGCUGGACAUUCAGUCUGUGUAAGACUAAGGUGGUCGCUGAUUAACAUCAUGACUCACUGGCAUGACAUCGACACUGCUUGCUGACACGGUGCAGCAAAGGAUGCUGGGAAACACCAAGCGUUUUUUUGGCAGCACCGAGGACAAAGAGGGCGAGGAUGAGGAGGAAGAGGAGGAGCGAUUGAAGAGAGCAAAACAAAAUGGGAUGAUUGAAAUGGGAGAAAAGGAGCACCAGAACCGUGCCGGACGCAAGGUGGAUGGAUCCAAACCGGCGGCCGUCGUGAUUGGCUGGCAGAGAGGAGAGAGACAGCCGAGAGCUGUAAACUCCGCCCAAAGAGGAAUCCCCCAUUUGCCCAGUCAGCCGACUCUUUAUCAUCAGACCACCAAUCAGCCGCAGUAUCACCCGGUGUUGACCAAUCAGCAGGUCCGACGGCGUCUCAUGGAGCGCAGCAUGACCACAGUCACACCUGUAGAAGACUCACACCUGGCAGUCAUCGUGUUCCGCAUCGGCAUACCAGACAUCAAACAAACGAAGUGUUUGCGGUUUGAUCCCGACUCAAGCGUUUGGAGUGCGAAGCAGCAGAUUAUUUGUUCUCUCAGUGAGUCGUUGUGGGACGUUUACAAUUACGGCCUCUUCCAGCCAGCUGGAGACGGACGAGACGCCAAGUUCCUGGAGGAGGAGCGUCUGCUGCGAGAGUUCGCCCAGUCUCUGGAGAAAGGGGUGCCCUACCUGGAGUUCAGAUAUAAGACACGGGUCUACAAACAGACAAACCUGGAUGAGAAACAACUAGCAAAGCUGCACACUAAGGCCAAUAUGAAGAAGUUUCUGGAUUAUGUUCAUGGAGGAGCUGUAGAAAAAUUGAGUAAAGCACUGGAGAAAGGACUUGAUCCGAACUAUCACGACACUGAAAGCGGAGAGACUCCCUUGACUCUGGCGGUUCAGGGGAAUCUCAGCGUGGAAGGGAUUCGUGUUCUGGUGCUGAACGGAGCUCACGUGGAUUUCAGAUCCAGAGAUGGAUUUACACCCCUCCAUAAAGCAGUCAGAGCACACAACCAGGCCGCACUCAUGGCACUGCUGUCUUUGGGCGCAUCUCCGGAUUAUCGCGACCGUUGUGGGCUGACGCCGCUAUACCAUUCGGUGCUGACAGGGGGCGACACGUCCUGCUGUGAAACCCUGCUGUACUACAGAGCUCGACUGGGCAUCCGAGAUGAGAAUGGCUGGGAUGAGUCACACCAGGCUUGUCAACAUGGAUUUGCCCAACAUUUGGAGCAUCUUCUGUUCUACGGGGCAGACACCACUUCUCAGAAUGCAUCAGGAAACACUGCCCUCCACAUAUCUGCCCUUUACAACAAGGAGAGCUGCGUCCGGGUCCUUCUUUAUCGAGGAGCCAGUAAGGAGAUGAAAAACAAACAUGGCCACACCCCCUUUCAGGUUGCUGUGAUGUCUGGUCAUUUCGAGCUUGGAGAAAUCAUCAAAAAUCACAAUGACGCAGAUGUUGUACCGUUUUUGGAAACUCCCAAAUAUGCUUCUCACUUUAUGGAUGGUGCAUUAAAUCAGCCUCUGUCGACGGGUCUUCAGCAUCCUCACCCGCUGCUCCGGGCUAAGAGCGAGAACACGAUGACCACCAUCAUGGAUCCUACAGUGAUGCCCGCCGCUGCCAGUGUACCACCUGCUCAGACUCAGCGCAGAGCCUCUUUCGCUAUGAGGAGCUCCAGCAGUCCCCGUGGAGCCCGAACUCGCUCCCCGUCCCGUGGCAGAGAAGGAGGAGAAACGGAGGAGAAACACCACAAACAACGAGGCAGACAGGGAGGUGGCGGAGGUCAGAGGAAAAGACUCUACAGUGCUGUUCCAGGCCGUGUGUUUGUGGCGACACGUUCACACUCGGCUCACGGCGAGCGCGAAAUCAGCUUCAGCAAAGGAGACAAGGUCAAAGUGCUAAGUGUGGGUGAAGGAGGAUUCUGGGAAGGAACAGUGAAGGGCCGCACAGGCUGGUUUCCUGCUGAAUGUGUGGAAGAGGUGCUUCCCCAAAACCAGGAGCCACAAACAGAGAGCCGCAGUGAGAAGGCCAGGAGGAAACUGUUUCGUCAUUAUACAGUUGGAACAUACGAUGGCAUCGAAGUGCCCAGUGACUACAUCAUAAAGGAGAAAACUGUACUUCUGCAGAAGAAAGACAAUGAAGGCUUCGGUUUUGUGCUCAGAGGGGCCAAAGCCCAGACUCCUGUGGAGGAGUUCAGCCCGACUCCAGCCUUUCCUGCUCUGCAGUACCUGGAGUCUGUGGACGAGGGAGGUGUCGCCUGGAGGUCCGGCCUGCGGAUGGGGGACUUCUUGAUCGAGGUGAAUGGGAUCAAUGUAGUGAAGGUGGGCCACAGGCAGGUGGUGAACAUGAUUCGCCAGGGAGGGAACAGUCUGAUGGUGAAGGUCGUCAUGGUAGCACGAAAUCCAGAGAUGGAGGAAAUGCCUAAGAAGAAAGUUCCCCAGCAAAGUAAGCGGCUGACCCCUCCGGCUAUAGCGAUACGCUCCAAAUCCAUGACUUCAGAACUGGAGGAGAUGGUUGAGAAAGCUGCCUCACCAUGGAAGAAGAAACCUGAGUGCUCAAUCACAGUGUGA